AGCAAUGAAUAUUACAGAAGAUGAGAGAGGGAAUGACAUGUGUCCGAUAUGUCGAACAGAUCGUUACCUUUCCCCAAAUAUGAAUUUCUUGAUAAAUCCUGAAUGUUAUCACAAAAUAUGUGAAUCUUGUGUGGAUAGGAUCUUUUCAUUAGGCCCAGCCCCUUGUCCAUAUGCAAAGUGUGGGAAGAUUCUACGAAAGAACAAGUUCAAGAAACAGAUCUUUGAUGACAUCAACAUAGAAAGAGAAGUCGAUAUUCGAAAGAGAGUUUCUACAAUUUACAACAAGACACAAGACGACUUUGAAGACUUAAAAGAUUACAAUCAAUAUCUUGAAAACAUAGAGAAUAUCGUGUUCAACUUGGCAAAUGACCAGGAUGCGCUGAAUACGGAAGCUGAGUUGGUGGCAUAUGAAAAAGAACAUAAGGUGGAGAUAUUGGAAAGACAGAUGAGACAGAGUCAGAAGAAUGCUGACUUGGCCCAGUACCAAGAGGCUGUGGCCCGUUUGAAGCAGGAAAAGCUUAAAAUCCAACAACAUAUGGAAAUGGAAGACUUGGAGUUUAAAAAACAACAGAGACAAGAAGUUUUAGAUAAGCUCUCAAAUUCAAAUGCCAACUCUGAUGAUAUAAUCAACCAGGCAACCAACAAUCUGCUAAAAAGAAGCAACAGCAGAAAGAGGCAAUUGCAACAGAUCAAUAAUCAAUUAGAACAACUGUUCGAAAACAUGAUUCCUGGUAACCAGAAGAAGGUGGAAGAGGGUAAUAAAACACCCUUCACACCCUUUAUGGGAGAUCGGAUGAUCGAGAAACCAUACCGCAUGUUAGCAGCACCUGAAAUAGUUGACAUAAAUGUCAGCUCAGUUGUGAACCUGUACUAUGAUCCGUUCGUGAACCAAUUUGCAAAAAACAAAGAAUUUUUGGGAGCAGGUUGGAGGUUAGAGGCUGUAUAUGAACGUGCUCUUGAAGAGGCAUUUAUGGGGUUGGGGUGUUUCAUUGAAGAGGAGAAGAAGGCUAAUACUACAUAGACUAGUAGUUAUUUGUGUAUUAUACUUGUACAUAUAGGCAAUAGUAAUACUAAGUUCUUUUUCACGUCAAUUGAAUGUGAGUCUAUAAUAGCAGUAGCAAGUCUUUGUUUUGACCCUUGAAAUUUGAUUGGGAGUCUCCCUCAGCAUCUGCUCCAAAGUCAAUCAAUGGUUUGGGCUCGCUGAUAGUCAUGAAUCUAUGGUUUUUCACAACUGGCUCUGGUAGCUGGUUGCUAGUGGCCUGAGGAGGCGAGGAGGUGAAUUCACUGAAGUCAUCAAAAUCGUCAUCUUGGCUAUCUUUAUUUGUUCCAGGCAUCUGAAAAGCCUUAUCGAGGUCAUCGCUUGCUAUGUGAAUUUGAGGCAGCAGUACAUUAGACUCUUGUGUAUUUUCUUCAAUAUCCUCAUUUGUGGUUUUG